ACUGUCGGAUUUUGGAGCUGAGUCAACUGGAACUUCGGUUUAUCAGUUUUUCUUGAAUCCUAGGCAUUUAUUUUCUAAGAAGCCUGAAGGAAAUCGUAAGGCUUCAGCCACCAUUCUCUGUUCUUUCGCACAUUCCUUCCCAGGAACUCACAAGAACACCUGAUUUUGGGCGCUAGUUCAUCCUAGGGUAGGGAGAGGGGACUACAUUUCCCAGGACGCACCGCGAAUAAACGCUGGAACUCUAUUUCCCAGAGUUCCUUGGGCUUCAAUUCUGCCAGAAAUCUUCCUUCGGGGGUUGGAGACAUCGGGGCCAAGAUGGCGACGGGAACGGGCAAACAUAAGCUGUUGAGUACUGGCCCUACAGAGCCAUGGUCCAUCCGAGAGAAGCUGUGUUUAGCCUCUUCUGUCAUGAGGAGUGGAGAUCAAAAUUGGGUAUCAGUUAGCAGAGCAAUCAAGCCCUUUGCAGAACCUGGCCGCCCUCCAGACUGGUUCUCUCAAAAACAUUGUGCUUCCCAGUACUCAGAGCUUCUAGAGACCACUGAGACUCCAAAACGGAAACGGGGUGAAAAGGGAGAAGUGGUAGAAACUGUUGAAGAUGUCAUUGUUCGGAAACUGACUGCUGAGCGAGUUGAGGAACUAAAGAAAGUGAUAAAAGAAACCCAGGAAAAAUAUAGACGACUGAAAAGAGAUGCAGAGCUAAUUCAAGCUGGGCACAUGGACAGCAGGCUGGAUGAACUUUGCAAUGACAUUGCGAUGAAAAAGAAAUUGGAGGAAGAGGAGGCUGAAGUAAAGAGGAAGGCUACAGAUGCGGCAUAUCAGGCCCGUCAAGCAGUAAAAACACCCCCUCGGAGGUUACCUACUGUGAUGGUCCGCUCUCCUAUAGAUUCUGCCUCCCCUGGAGGUGAUUAUCCACUUGCGGACUUGACUGCAACCACUAUGGAAGAGGCCACCUCUGGGGUAACCCCUGGGACUUUGCCGAGUACCCCAGUCACCUCGUUUCCUGGAAUUCCUGACACCCUUCCUCCAGGCUCUGCACCCUUAGAAGCCCCCAUGACCCCAGUAACAGAUGAUUCACCCCAGAAAAAGAUGCUUGGACAGAAAGCAACUCCACCCCCUUCCCCUCUGCUGUCAGAGCUCUUGAAGAAGGGCAGCCUCCUGCCUACUAGCCCCAGACUGGUCAAUGAGAGUGAAAUGGCUGUGGCUUCUGGCCACCUGAACAGUACAGGUGUCCUCCUGGAGGUAGGCGGGGUCCUUCCCAUGAUACAUGGUGGGGAGAUGCAGCAAACACCCAGCACUGUUGCAGCCUCCCCUGCUGCCUCAGGUACUCCCACUCUUUCCCGGCUUUUAGAAGCUGGUCCUACACAGUUCACCACACCUCUUGCUUCCUUCACUACUGUUGCCAGUGAACCUCCAGUUAAACUUGUGGCACCCCCUGUAGAAUCUGUAUCCCAGGCUACCAUUGUCAUGAUGCCUGCGCUGCCAGCACCAUCCUCUGCUCCGGCUGUCUCCACUCCUGAGAGUGUAGCUCCAGUGAGUCAGCCUGACACCUGUGUUCCCAUGGAGGCUGUGGGGGAUCCACAUACUGUGACUGUUUCCAUGGAUAGCAGUGAAAUCUCCAUGAUCAUCAAUUCUAUCAAAGAAGAGUGUUUCCGAUCAGGGGUAGCAGAGGCCCCUGGAGGAUCAAAGGCUCCCAGCAUUGAUGGGAAGGAAGAUUUAGAUCUGGCUGAGAAGAUGGAUAUUGCGGUGUCUUACACAGGUGAAGAGCUGGAUUUUGAGACUGUUGGGGACAUCAUUGCCAUCAUUGAGGACAAGGUAGAUGAUCAUCCCGAAGUGCUGGAUGUGGCAGCAGUGGAAGCAGCACUGUCAUUCUGUGAAGAGAAUGAUGAUCCCCAGUCACUGCCUGGCCCCUGGGAGCACUCUAUCCAGCAGGAACGGGAUAAGCCAGUACCUCUCCCUGCACCAGAGAUGACAGUCAAGCAAGAGAGGCUGGACUUUGAAGACACAGAAAGCAAAGGAAUCCAUGAACUGGUGGACAUCAGGGAGCCCAGUGUUGAGAUCAAAAUGGAACCUGCAGAACCAGAGCAAGGCAUUUCAGGGGCUGAAAUCGUAUCUGGAGUUGUUCCAACCACAAAUAUGGAGCCACCAGAACUCAGGAGUCAGGACUUAGACGAGGAACCCAGAAGUAUAGCAACGGGAGAAAUUACUGAAGCAGAUGUUUCCAGUAGGAAAGGUGAUGAGAUUCCACUUACAGCAGUGAAGACAGAGGCAUCCCCUGAAAGCAUGUUGUCUCCAUCACAUGUUGUCUCAAAUCCCAUUGAAGAUCCGUUAGAGGCAGAGACUCAGCACAAGUUUGAAAUGUCAGACUCAUUGAAAGAAGAAUCAGGGACUAUUUUUGGAAGCCAGAUAAAGGAUGCCCCAGGUGAGGAUGAGGAGGAAGAUGGAGUCAGUGAAGCGGCGAGCCUAGAGGAGCCUAAGGAAGAAGAUCAAGGAGAAGGCUAUUUGUCAGAAAUGGAUAACGAACCCCCUGUGAGUGAGAGUGACGAUGGCUUUAGCAUUCACAAUGCUACACUGCAGUCCCACACACUGGCAGACUCCAUCCCCAGCAGCCCUGCUUCUUCACAGUUCUCUGUCUGUAGUGAGGAUCAGGAAGCUAUUCAGGCACAGAAAAUCUGGAAGAAAGCCAUCAUGCUUGUAUGGAGAGCUGCAGCUAAUCAUAGGUAUGCCAAUGUCUUCCUGCAGCCUGUUACAGAUGACAUAGCACCUGGCUACCACAGCAUUGUACAGAGGCCUAUGGAUUUGUCAACUAUUAAGAAAAACAUUGAAAACGGACUGAUCCGCAGCACAGCUGAAUUUCAGCGUGAUAUUAUGCUGAUGUUCCAGAAUGCUGUGAUGUAUAAUAGCUCAGACCACGAUGUCUAUCAUAUGGCAGUAGAAAUGCAGCGAGAUGUUUUGGAGCAGAUCCAGACUAUGGAAAUGAUGUUAGACAAAAAGCAAAUUCAAGCGAUUUUCUUACUCGAGUUCAAAAUAGGUCAUAAGACGCAGAGACAAUAUACAACCUCAACAACACAUUUGCCCCAAGAAUUGCUAACAAACAUACAGUGCAGUGGUGGUUCAAGAAGUUUUGCAAAGGAGAUGAGAGCCUUGAAGAUGAGCUUAGUGGCUGGCCAUUGAAAGUUGAUAAUGAUCAAUUGAGAGCCAUCAUUGAAGCUGAUUCUCUUACAACUAUAUGAGAAGUUGCCAAAGAACUCAACAUCGACCAUUCUAUGGUUGUUCAGAAUUUGAAGCAAAUUAGAAAGGUGAAAAAGCUUGAUAAGUGGGUGCCUCCUGAGCUGACUGCAAAUCAAAAAAGUCGUUUUGAAGUGUUGUCUUCUCUUACUCUACGCAACAACAGGCCAUUUCUUGAUCAGAUUGUGGCAUGCAACGAAAAAUGGAUUUUAUCCAACAGCAGGCGACAACCAGCUCAGUGGCUGGACUAAGAAGAAGCUCCAAAGCACCUCUCAAAGCUGAACUUGCACCAAAAUCCGGUCAUGGUCACUGUUUAGUGGUCUGCUACCGGUCUAAUCCACUACAGCUUUCUGAAUCCCUGUGAAACCAUUACAUCUGAGAAGUAUGCUCAGCACAUCGAUGAGAUGCACCAAAAAUUGUAACUCCUGCAACCGGCAUUGGUCAAUAGAAAGGGCCCAGUUCUUAUCCAUGACAAUGCCCAACUGCAAAUCACACAACCACCACUUCAGAAGUUGAACGAAUUGGGUUAUGAAGUUUUGCCUCAUCUGCCGUGUUCUCCUGACCUCUCGCCAACUGACUACCACUUCUUCAAGCAUCUCAACAACUUUUUGUAGGGAAGAUGCUUCCACAUUCAGUAGGAGGCAGAAAAUGCUCUCCAAGAGUUUGUUGAAUCCCAAAGCACGAGUUUUUACACUACAGAAAUAAACUUUAUUUCUCAUUGGCAAAAAUGUGUUGAUUGUAAUGGUUCCUAUUUUGAUCAAUAAAGAUAUGUUUGAGCCUGGUUAUAAUGGUUUAAAAUUCAUGGUCUGAAACCACAAUUACGUUUGCACCAACCUAAUAUAUAUGUUCUUUUUCAAAUUCUUUUCCAUUAUAGGUUAUUGUAAGAUAACUGAGUAUAGUUCCGUGUUUUAUACAGUUAGAGCAUAGAGAUUUUGAUGCUGUAUUCUAGCAACAACAAAAACUUAGAGCCAUUUGGUAUUUUCUGAUUGUUUAUCAUACCCAAGAAGAAUUAAAACCUAAUGUGCUAAACUUCUAAUUAGUAGAUGUAUUUGCAUGGUGUUUGCAGAAGGGUACCAUAGUCCUAUUUACAAAGAGCU